AUGGCGGGGGGUUAUUUUGACCUUCCGAUCUCCUCCCGCCGUUCGAACCCUGACGAUAAACCACUAUCAGGCUCGCGUUCCUCACUGCCCGGUUAUAGACCUGACAAGUCUCAGCGGAUCCCGAGUGGCGGUGCACAGGACAAGCAUCGGAAUGCAGGCAUUCCCAGCACGAAUCAGUUCAAAGUGGCCAGCGAAUCCGAGAGCAAACCCACAGCGAUCGACUCCCGACUUGACCGAAGGGGUUGUGAGCUGCCGCAAAGACAACUGCCCACGGCCAACAUUCCAGCUAUCCAAGAAAAAAACUGCCCAAGCCCCUCACUGGCUCCCUUAGGGGCCGAUGGCCUCACUAGCGCGUCAGUGGAUGUCACUGGCCUGACGAUCAGCACCAGGACUAGCUCAGGGACUGUAGGGGAGCUCCAUGAGCGUACGAAUGACAAGGGGGCUAUCUACUGUGCGCAUGAAAGGGCACAUCGACUCGCCUCCCUUCUCAGCCUUCAAAAAUCUCCGACGCCAAGUCGAUCUUUGUCUUCUAUCGCCUCCACUCCUACUGAGGCAGCAUAUGCGGAAGAUGGGGAUAAUUUUCCUAUAAUCUCUUUUCCUGAGAAACAACUCUUCGACGAUUUCAUACAUGACCAUGAAUCGGCCUUCCUAGACGGGCGAUCAACUCCGCGCAUCUCCAAAGCCCAUUGUAUUUUGCGCCAAAUGUCACCCCGAGACCUCGACUUCCUGACUCGCCUUCGUGCUCCGUCUGCAUCUGGUCAGGAUACCCCAAGCGAAGACAGAGACUCCGAGUCCUAUGACCGGCCGACUCAGUACCGCGGAGGCGUUCUUUCGUCACUGCUCAAACUCUACGACCAUUCACAUCAUAGUCAUGGCCAUGGUCAUAGCCGUGGUCGCUAUGGGCAGACACGCUCUCGACAGGGGAGCACGUCUGAAUGGAGUGGACGUGGCUUGUCCCCAGACUCUGUCUGGAAGCCACCCAAGAAGUGGUAUGAGAAGUCCUCUGCUCGGUCCAGCAUUUCCAUGGCUGGAUCCUCCCACCACUCUAGCUCGCCUUUUGCGAUGCUUACACGCUCCCGCAGUAGCGGUGCUGCAAUCCCGAGCUUAGGGGGUCGUUCCAGGCCUAAAUCUCACCUCGAAGACGAGAUCCAUAUCACGGUUCAUAUUGCUGAACUCCUGUCUCGGCAGCGAUAUCUGAUCCGUCUUUGUCGUGCUCUGAUGAAGUAUGGAGCCCCGACUCAUCGGUUAGAGGAAUACAUGCGAAUGACCGCCCGAGUCAUCCAGAUCGAUGGUCAAUUCUUGUACAUUCCUGGUUGUAUGAUCAUUUCCUUCGAUGAUGCUUCUACACACACAACUGAAGUCAAGGUUGUCCGGUCCAGUCAAGGAAUCGACUUGGGCAAACUAGCUGAUGUCCAUGAGAUCUACAAAGAAGUCAUUCACGAUGUCAUUGGGGUCGAGGAGGCAAUCCAACGGCUGGACGAGGUGAUGAAAAAGCCGAGCAAGUUCCACAUCCUCUUCCUGAUCUUCGCCCACGGCUGUGCCAGUGCAUCAGUUGGGCCAUUCGCCUUCAACGCCCGACCAAUCGAUAUUCCUGUCGCUUUCCUGCUGGGCUGUCUCCUUGGAAUACUACAAUUGAUCCUCUCGCCAAAAUCGAGCUUAUACUCCAAUGUGUUCGAAAUAUCAGCUGCAGUACUGACUUCUUUCCUCGCCCGUGCCUUUGGAAGUAUCAGGUUCCAGGGUGAACCUCUCUUCUGCUUCUCGGCUCUAGCACAGUCAGCCAUUGCCCUCAUCCUACCAGGAUACACGGUCCUUUGUGCAAGUCUCGAGCUCCAAUCACGAAGUAUCAUCGCUGGAUCCGUCCGCAUGGUCUAUGCCAUCAUAUACUCUCUGUUCCUCGGGUUCGGAAUCACAAUUGGCACAGCCGUGUACGGACUACUUGACUCGCAAGCCUCAACUGCAUACACAUGUCCUGCCAGUCCCAUUCGCAAUGAGUACCUUCAGCGGUUCCCAUUCGUGAUUAUCUUCACUGUUUGUUUGGCAAUUGUCAACCGUGCCAAGUGGCGACAAAUUCCUAUCAUGAUGGUCAUCUCGUUGGCAGGCUACGUGGUCAAUUAUUUCAGUGCUAAGCGCUUUUACUCCAAUACUCAGGUCUCCAAUGCCCUCGGUGCCUUUGUCAUUGGCGUAAUGGGGAAUUUCUACAGUCGGCUACGACACGGCCUCGCCGCUGCAGCCAUGCUGCCAGCCAUCUUCGUUCUCGUUCCCUCUGGUCUUGCGGCUAGUGGCUCGCUGAUAUCGGGAAUUACCUCUGCAGAAGAGAUGACCCGGUCUCCCUACGCGGUCGUCAACAAUGGAACGCAGGGGUUCGUCGACGCAGCAAAGAACCUCUCAUCUGAUCAGGCGAAGAACCAGAGCUAUGGCGUCGUCUUCGAUAUCGGAUAUGGUAUGGUGCAAGUUGCUAUUGGCACGACUGUCGGUCUGUUCCUCGCUGCUUUGGUUGUCUAUCCACUAGGCAAGAAGCGAAGUGGACUGUUCAGUUUCUGA